UUUUGUUGUGUGUAGUGUUGAAUGUCUUGUCUGCUAAAUGUGUUUUAAAUAGUAAUUUGGGCGACGAAUUUGUACGUUCCAUCGUGGUUUUUCCUCGCAGCAUCGAAAUGUAUGUGUAGCGUGUAUUUCUCUGAGCUGUACACGCCGUCAAGUUGUUUUGUGUUGACACGAAAUGGGGUUUACUCUUCGGAGAAACCGCAUUAUACUCGCAACAGUAUUGUUUUUGCUUCCUGUUAUUUUCUUGAUUAUAACAUCGGAUGGUGGUAACAGAGUUCUAAAAACUGGUGUGGAAGUUGAUCCAUCUAUCAUUGAAAGAUUGAAAGGCCUGUCCAUGAGACUCCGUCUUGUAGAAUCAAAGAAUGAUGAAGUUGCUCAAAAUUUGAUAUCCAUUAGGUCAUCAUCGUCAUUACAUCAAUAUAAAAGUGCAUUAAGAAACAAUAGAACUAAAAUUAAAGAUGCAGAAUUUCUGAACAAUACUCAAUUAACACUACCUAGUAUAUAUAAUUAUAUGUCACAUUUAUUGGGAAGCAAGAACAGUUUGGUACCAGCAACUCAAGUCUCAGCUGGCAGACAUGGAGUUUCCCUUGCUUUUGGAGUUCCAACUAUCAAGAGGGACAAGGCCAGUUAUGUUUUAAACACAAUCCAGUCACUUAUUACAGGAAUAUCGGAUGAGGAGAAAAGAGAUUGUAUACUCAUUGUAUUUAUAGCAGAAAUUGAAGAUAAAAUCUUUGUAAGCAAGCUUAUCAAAGAACUGAAAGACAGGUUUCAUAGCUAUAUUCGUUCAGGAUUAAUAGAAAUUGUCGUCCCGCCAAAAGAAUUUUAUCCCGAUUUGAAUAACCUUCCAAAAGAUGUAACUUUCCACGAUCCUCCUUUGCGAGUGAAAUGGCGAACAAAGCAGAAUCUGGACUUUUCAUAUCUCAUGAUGUACGCACAGCAGAGAGCUCGGUUCUAUGUUCAGCUCGAAGAUGAUUUAAUUGCAACACCUGGAUACGUGAGUACAAUACGAACCUUUGCUUUGCAACAAACUGAGAAUCGUUGGAUGAUCCUUGAAUUCUCGUCCCUUGGUUUUAUUGGAAAACUAUUCCGAACAAGUGAUCUACCAGCGAUUGUUGAGUUCUUCCUUAUGUUUCACAAAGAUAAGCCUGUUGAUUGGCUACUCGAUCACAUACUGUGGGUUAAAGUGUGCAGCCCGGAUAAAGACCAGGCUCACUGCAAUCGAGAAAAGGCUCAGUUACGAAUCCGUUUUAAGCCUUCUCUGUUUCAACAUGUUGGAAAGGAAUCAUCAUUGCCUGGAAAGAGACAGAAUUUAGUUGAUAAGGAUUUCAAGAAAGCUCCAUUGUUUCAAGCUCAUCUUAAUCCGAAGGCGUCAGUAAUCACAACAAUCAAUGUGUACCAAACCCAUACGAUAGAAAGGGCGUACACCGGGCAGAGUUUCUUUUGGGGUCACACCCCACACAAGGGAGAUGUUGUUCGGUUCAAGUUCGAUGAAGAACUUUAUCUUGAACAUUUUCGUAUCAAUACUGGAAAUGUGGAACAUCCUGGUGACAUUUUUUCCAAUGCAUCUGUCGAGAUUUUGACAACAGAGAGCAAGUUGAAAAGAGAGAAAUUGUCCCAUGAAACUCCUGCAUCUGACGUGGAAGCACAGAAAACGUUUGUAAAAGGAGAAUUUUUGCCUAAUGAUUAUAUUCGUGUGGGUAAAUUUGUGAACGGUCUUGCUGAUUAUGCUGUCCCAGCUACGAUUGGUAAAGUGAGUGAGCUUCUGAUUAGAGUCAAUGAUCAUACUGGACAAAACUGGGUGAUAAUUAGUGAGAUUCACAUAAUAAAGAGGUAACACCAAGCAAUGUCUCUACAAUCAUAACGCACUAAUAUCUUCCAUGAAGAUCUCUUCGCGAGGUAUAAACACGUUUGUGCACCUGAUGAGUAAUGUGAAACGCACUCUGAGCAAGUCUGAGCAAUCUGGGUUUGCUGCAAGUACUCGUCAUGGAAUGGAGUUCCCGAAAUCAACACCUACAAUAAACACGUUGAUGAAUUUUGCUGCUUUUGCUAACGAAAUGACGGAUAGAGCCUUUAGUUUAUACGACUGAGAUCAAUCCUUUCCUUGGUUUUCAAAAUUCAUCUAACAGGCAUGUGGAUAGUAGAUACCGCCAUCAAACUUUCAAAAAAGCCCCUGUUGUGAGAACACAGUCAGCCAGCUGUAAAUUCAAUUUCUAAAUUCCCCGACGAAAUAAGUAAUUUGUCAAAAUCAGUUGCAAGAUGGCGCUUCGUUGAAGAUAAUCAAGUGAAUUAAUUUAUUAUUACGGAUAAGCUGGCGGAUGACUGCAUAUUUUUUGGAAAAUGCAUGACAUGUGAAAAAAAUGGAAAACGUUGCAAGAUAAACUACCAAUGACGUCUUUAACACAUAAAAGAAAUUACCUCCUUUACGACUGCCAUCAACUGCUAUCUACCUCCUUUACGACUGCUAUUCGCUUUUUUCCACUAUUCAUUCUGUU